AUGACGCGAACAGAACCUUCUCAUAGCGCUUCGUCGUGGGAGACGAAAAGCAUCGCCGCCACGGAUGACGGCCACCGACUUGACUCGGUCGGCCAAGAUUCUCGUCCCCGUGGCCGAAUUCGUCGAUCAAUGACGGCUUGCAAUACAUGUCGCAAGCUGAAAACUCGCUGCGAUCUUGAUCCCCGUGGCCACGCAUGUCGCCGCUGUCUCUCGCUUAGGCUCGAAUGUGAGCUGCCCGAAACUCCCGAUCGAUAUCAGGACGGUGCGUCUACCUGGUCCGAUGCCAAUGCUGCCAUUCCUUCCAUCGAGGAACGGCUUGUAUCUUUAGAGCGUGGCAUGGGCGAGAUGAUUCACCUAAUGCGCCAAAUGGUGAACCAGCCACCCGCCAUUAGCACUCCCAAUUUUCCGUCGCGAAAUAACAGUAUAGACGGCUCAACCGAUAGUGCGCCGGGAUUUACUUUGAAACCAGUCCAAUUCAUUCGGGAUUUACAAGUCGAAUGCUUCGGCGAGAGGGAUCAGUUCCCUGCCGAAGGUGAUCUCCUGGGUGAUGUUGUGUCCCAGGGGAUUGUAGAUGCUAAAUUAUCAUUGAAACUGAUUGAACUCUUCGUGGAUUAUUUUAGCCCUUGGGUCUCUAUAGAUCACUCAUCAAAUAUUCAGCGGACAAAUCCCUUGCUUUUCAAUACUGCUUGUCUGUUAGCUUCCCGAUAUCUACCGGGAAUGCCUCCAAAUACUACUCAUGACAUCGCACUUCAAGUGCAACAUGCUGUCACAAAAACCAUGUGGAGAAAAUCUCCCCUGACCAACGACUUGCUUCAAGCCCUUGCCCUCCUCUGUCUAUAUCCUACCUCUGGCCAUAAAGAGGGUUUCAUGGAUGCCUGGUUGUUGAGCGGGAUCUCAAUCAAUCAUGCUUUGAAUUCAUUCAACUUUCUACACAGCCCCCCAGCCAAAGGUGUUCUACCCGGCGAGAUGCUCCCUCAAAUGCGUCUAUGGAACACCUUCUGUCUUACUCAUUUACAUUCUGCACUCGGCUACGGACGCACAGUCAACGUGCAACCUCAAUUUUUCGACCACUGUUCUCGCAUCCUAGACCACCCUAGAGCCACCCCCGAAGACGGACGAAUCGUCGCCGAGAUCUCCUUAUAUCGAAUUACCCUCAAGCUCCAAAAUACACCCCAGCGCCUUCAAUUUGCCGAAGUCGAGUACGAAGAACUCGAACGCUGGAAAAUGGAAUGGGCACAUCUCCUUUCAAGCGAAGGCCAAUCAACCCUCGAGCUAAGCAUCUGGUUCUGCCAACUCCUCCUCCACAGAACAGCAACCCGAAUCCAAGAUUCCGACCGCCUGAUAACCGAAAUCUGCAACAACGCCCGCCUAAUAAUCUCCCGUUCAAUGCAAACCCGCUUCUCCGCGGCCCCCGGCUUAAUAGACCACGUCUACUACAUUCUCGGCUACGCCGCCCUUACACUCUGCGACUACAACCCAUCAGAUCCACUAAUCGACCAAGUCCGCGCGUUCCUCCUCCACCUCGCUCCAAGCAGCGAUCAUCUCUCCUACCGCAUCGCCUUCAUCGUCGGCGAAGUGCAGCGCCGAUACUCUGAAGCCGCGACGGCUGAUCACCAGUCUUCGCCAGCAGCUCUGAAGAGUGCCAUGUUCCCUCGGAGCACGGAGGGUUUAGAUCUGACUCAGCUUAUUCCUGCGGCGGUGGCGGGUGGAAUGGAGCCUGUUGACGGGUAUGCCGUUUUUGAUCAGAUGAUGCAGCCCGGUUAUGGGGCCGGCCAGGGGGGAUUUUCGGGCCCUGCGCUGUUUCAGCAGCAUUCUGCGCCCGUUAUGGGUGGAGCUAUGCCCAUUGGCCUGGUGCCAAGGGCUCUUCAUGAUUAUUAA